UUGUCAUGUCACUUAAAGUUUAACAAAUCGCUAGUUUUUGUUUUUCUUCCUCUUAUUAUAGUAAUUAUUAACAAUCCAAUUUAUUCGUUAUGAUAAUAUUUUACGAACUACAUUUGUGUAAUGAUUCCACUGAACAUAAUUAAAAACCGGUUGCAAAAUGACUGAAGUCUGCUCAAUGAAUAGCAACAGAGAUGAGAACAAGAGCUUACCGAAAGAUAAUGGAGUUUUGGGUGUAAAAGAGGAACAAGAAAUAACCGUAAAGCAGGAACUAGUCGACUGUUUGGUGUGCCUGAACCGGACGCCAGAGAAUUGCGACUUGAGUACCACGAAUACCGCUGCGGGAACUACUCUCUAUGAUUAUUUAUGUAAAUUUACACUAAACGAUAUCGGGAAAUCAACAAACGGUUCCAAGUUCAUUUGUAAAACGUGCCUCAAUCUAGUUAAUAUAUUAGAACGCGCAGAAAUAGAAUAUUUAAAGUUAAAAGAGGAGUUUCAAUCCAUACUCAGCAAGAACCCAUUAUUUGUAACACAAAAUAUACAAGUAUCUGUGUCACUCGAUCCUGUGAAAAAUGAAAGUUUGGAUAUCGACAAAAAUUUCGAUGACGACUCGGAAGACGAACCUUUAUCCCUCACAAAAAAGAAACGUCAUAGAAAACUUGACAAAAGAAAAAAGAAAACAAUCACAGAUAGCAAGCGGAAAGUGCGCAGCAAACUUUGUGAUGACAGUUGGCAGUGUACGGAAUGCGAGGUGAGUGGGGAGGCGGGAGGCCCAGAGGCCUUGGCCACUCACAUGCUGCUCUUACAUACUCUACCAGGCUCUAUACACAUUGAAAAGGUCAAGAAAGAGGAGUCACCAGACAGAUCCCAAAGUCCAACUUUCAAUAAUUUUGAUGAAAUGUUUAAAGUUGAAGCUGAAGGUUUUGAUGAUGAUGAUGAAAGUUCAAACUAUGUACCUGACGAGCUGAGCAACGGCAAGCACAGUAAAAGAAGCAAAUUGCUUGGUCGAGGUAAACGAAAAAAUGGUAGCAGUUCCACUGUAAAGAAAAAGAAAGAUCCAAAGAUUAUUCAUCAAUGUGAUCAGUGCAAUGCUAAAUAUACAUCACUCGUGAGACUGGAGCAACACAAGCUGAAGCACGACGACUCCAAGCCGCCAUACAUCUGUGAAGUGUGCGGAGCGCACUACAAGCACAAGCGAGCCUGCGACAUACACGUCGCUAUGCACAAAGGUAUCAGCGACUGGAAAUGUGAAGAGUGUAAUAAGCUGUUUCCAUCCAAAGGUGCCCUGCAGAGGCACAAUAAUAUCCACACGGGAAAACUCAACUAUCAGUGCGACCUGUGCGGCAAGUCGUUCAUCCACACGUCGUCGUUCAAGAUGCACAAGCUGUCGCACUCCGGCGUGAAGCCGCACUCGUGCGACGUGUGCGGGCUGGCGCUCAUGACGCGCUCGCACCUCAAGCGCCACAAGCGCGUGCACUCGGGCGAGAAGCGCCACGAGUGCGGCGUGUGCGGCAAGCGCUUCUCCGAGCGCUACAACCUGGCGGCGCACGCGCGCGCGCACGCGGGCGAGGGCGCCGCGCUGGCGCUGCAGCCGCGCCGCCGCCUCUUCCGCUGCGCCUUCUGCCCCGAGCGCUUCGAGCGCCGCGUGCAGCUGGAGCGCCACGCCGGCGCCGCGCACGGCCGCGCGCUCGAGCGCCCGCCGCCCACGCCGCGCAACACCAUGAGCAAGCUGCUCAAGGCGCAGGCGCAGCGCCGCGAGCCCGACUGCAAGCCCGAGCGCAGCCCGCCCGCCGCGCCCGCCGCGCCCGCCGCGCCCGCCGGCGCCGGCGCCGCCAGCUCGUGGGCCGGCGUCUACGCCGUCGAGUUCGGCCUGCGCGCCGACUACUCGCACUAGCACUUACCUCGGCUGGACCACGUGUGUGCGUAUUGAGGUAAACUUUUAUUCCUACUGAUAUGAAAUCUUUCCUAGACUCACUGAAUCAUACAAGAACAUGCUCACCAGAUGGGUCCCCGAUUAUGAGACGAAUUUUCUUCUUUAUUAUUUACAUGAUAUUUAUGCAUUUUUCAAUAAAUUAUGCUCGUUUAGAACUAGCUGCGGUUCUAUUUGUAGACAGUAUUAAAUCUAAUGAAACAAAUGAAUAUGAUUGACUGUGAGGGCAAGAAUGUCAUAAAAUUUCAGGAACAAUCAAAAUAUUAAAAUCAGAAUAAAACAAGAAUUUUAAUGUUACAAAAACAUACAUAUAAAAAGCUAAUAUUUUUGUUUGUCCAAAUAAGCUUCAUGGCUUAAUGCGGUUGUGUUUAAACUUCCCAAAGUCGUUGGUACCAGUGAAGUGAAGGUAUUAGGUAGGACACACAGUACAAAUGUCUGGUGUGCAAAUUGUAUCCGAUAAUAAAUGACAAUGUCAUGGGGUAUUGAAUGAAUAAAAAGGGUUUAGUUUGUUAAUAAGAUAAAUCUUUUUCAUACUUUUUUAUGUAAUAACAAAUCUAAACUAUGUAAUCUAUACAUAGUCAACUAUGUUUUAAUUACACAGGAUACAUUUGAAAAAGCUCACAGUGCAUACACAGUUAUGAUGCACACUGCACGGUAAAAGACCAAUGACUUGUAUAAUUGUUGUACAUUAUUAUCUCCUUUGUUGUCUUAAAUGAAGAUAGUACAAGUAUGUGGUAUUUAAAAAUGAAAUUAUUAUUAAAUAUAAAUAAACCAUUGUUAAUGAAGUAACAAAAAAAAAAAACAAAUUAUUAUUGUAUCAUAUAAUGAAAUGCAUAUUCAAGUUUAUAGUUUAUAUUUCUUUACAAAAGUAUUCAUUUAGUUGUAUUACAAUCAUUCAAUAUUUUUGGUGAGGACUCAUAGUGAGAUCUCCUUUAAGAAAUGUUUAAUUUGAUUUUAAAUGUGUUACAAAAUGUGUUUUAGAAGAGGACAUUUGACUAUUUGUUAUUGAGAAAUAUUUGUAUACUUCUUUUAUUAUGUAUAAAUAUUUCCUGUGCAAUAUGAAAUUGAAAACAGAAAAUUCAGUUGAGUAAUGAUAAAAUGUGACAAUAGGAGUUAAGGUGAAUUAUCUUUAUUAUUUUAUAUUGCAUGAAACUCAUAUUAUGUUAUAACAGUCACUUUAAUUAAAUGUAUAUAAUAGGUAGCGCUAAGACGACAAAAUGUAAGAUAGGUUAUGUUGACUUUAUUCAUAAGUUUAUUAUCAAAUAAAUAUAAUUCGAAUAAUAUUUUUCUACUGGUAUCGUGUACAGUAUAUUAUACGCUAGUGUUUCUUAAGUUAAUUAUAAAAAUACAAACAUUGUUAAUAUUUUACAUGAUUUGAAUUCAAUAUUGAGUACAUAGCCGAGAGUCUAUUGUACUUUAUAUGUUAUUAUUGUUUAUAAUAACUAAAAAUUAUAAAUCUAAACUACGAAAACGUUUGGAUGAAAAUUCAUAAAACAUAUUUUUGACUCAGACCAAUAGUAAAAGGUCGACAGCGAUUCGCGAUCAGGGUAAAGGAAGCUAGAUUGGGAAUAGGAAUGCGUUCGCUUUUACAGCGCGAUACGAGAAUCAGAACACUGAUGGAUGUCACAACCAACGAUGGAUUAAUUAUUGUCUUAAAAUUAAGUAAAUCGUUAAUUUAAAUAAAUGUAUGCGAAUGCCGAAUGAAUUUAAAAAUAAGUGCUUGAUUUUACACACAAUCUUUGUAGAUGCUUAACAAAAAUGAACAUAACUUCGAGAACGCUGGUAACCUUUUACUGUUGGUCUAAAAUUAUAAUCAAAAUUAUCCACAUACUAUUAUCUAAUUUAUUAUUUCUAUCUCCUCCUCCGUGUACGGACACGAUAUGAUAUUAUAUCGUGUUCGUACACUUGAGUUCAAGCAGUUACGACACACUCGCAUACUCGCUUAUAUUAUUAUUAUUUAAAACCAUCAAUCAAUUAAUGUUGUCGAACGUUAACAGUACACCCCGCUCGUAUCUGUACAUUAUAAGGCGACAAUAUUUCUCGAACAUGUAACAUACGUAACUGAUAUUAUA